AUGAACUGCAACUUUCUUGAAACUGAGUAUUUCUUUACCCAUCUUAGCGGUCAAUGGAAGAGUAAUGUUAGGGAUAACAAUGAUACGGACCCGCUAAGUUGGAUCUCAAUGCCACUGCCAAUGCCAAGCAAUCCUGAUGCGGACCUAACAGAGAAAGCAGUAAGCAAUUCCGCUGAGCAAGUCUCUGAUGUGGUAGAGUCUAUUGUGGAAGGUGACAUCGCCUCAAAUAUUUCUCCUUCAAGGUUUUCCAAUGUAAGUACUCAUGUGGAUACAGAUAAUUGUUUGGCUAACACUAUAAGUGCAGAAGAAAAUUCAAUUGAGGCCGAAGAAAGGGAAAUCGAGGAAGUCGAGGUCGAAGGGUUGACCGUGACACUGGGAGAUACAUACUUCCACCAAGGCCAAACAGAGGAGUUCCACCCAAAAGAGACUGGCCUACUCGAAUGUAAACCAGCAGACACUUCUCUAGCAGUUAAUCAUGGAUUACAAAUCAGAGAAGGAUCCAAGUUGACUGACCAUAGUCGGUAUCAGCGACUAGUCGGAAAACUCAUAUAUCUCUCGCACACUAGGCCAGAUAUUGCCUAUGCAGUUGGGGUUGCAAAUCAGUUCAUGCAUAAGCCGCAGACGGAUCACAUGGAGGCAACACUUAGGAUUUGUCGAUAUUUGAAGGGAACUCCAGGGCAUGGAGUGUUGUUCGCCAAAAAUGGGCAUCUUGGGAUUCAUGGUUAUACAGAUGCUGACGGCGCAGGAAACCCGAAUGAUAGGAAGUCUACAGCAGGCUACUUUACCUUUGUUGGAGGUAACUUGAGGGUUGACCGAGAUUUUAUGGUUAAGGAGAUUGAUGAAAGAGAUUAA